CCGGAAGCCCGCCCUUGCUGAGUAAAUGUAUAAACUAGAGGCGAAAGUGUGAAGUCACGCUUGAUAAUUUUUAUCUUGAAAUUGCGGUUUUUUGCUCUAUUUUGCUGACAGAUAGUAGGAUAUACAUUUGAGAUGUAUUGAGGGACACUCCUUGUAGAGUUUUGAGCAGUUUCCAGCGACGAUUACUGGAUAUUAAACCGCUUUUCGAAGGACAUUUUUGGUAGCCCAUCGGGCCACGCAUACUACAGGAUUUGUGUGAGGACAUUUGACGUUUCAAACGUGUUCCGCGAUGUCUCGGCAACAAAAAUGGCUACUUACUAUCUAUGUGUCUGACUUGAAUGUAGAGAAAACUUUAGAAGUUACUGGACAAACGUUUGUUGGAAAUUUGAUGGUCGAACUGGUCAACAGACUGGGUAAGGCCGAUGUUAUUAUAUACGGUUUAUUAUAACGUCUGUGUGUUAUGUAUGUUAAUUCUUAAAUUGAACUCGCGAUUGUACUAGAAACAAUCUAAAAUUGGAAAAUUGUUUCUGUUUUGUUAAUGUUGACUUUCGAUUUGAACCCCAACGGUCGCUUGACAAAUUUGCCAUUCCAAACAUUUUCAUGCGUGCGAAGAGAUCAAAUUUAGGACAUUUAGGCGCGGUUAUUAAAAUAAUUUAAUAAACGAAGUGUAACACCGAACGUAAAUAGAGUAUUCUUGGAUUCUGGGAGAAGGAUAUUUUUAAAAUUCUGCAACAUUUUGUGAACUCGUUUAGGUGUUGCAAGAGACUGGUCUGAUCACGCGUUAUGGUGGCCACAGCGCAAAACAUGGCUCCUCCGAUCGCGUGUUACGCUCGACGUUUGCGGCGUUCAAGCCGAUUCAAAGCUAAGUUUCACACCAAAACACAAAAAUGUACAUCUCCAAAUGCCCGAUUUGCAGUUCGUCGACACGACCGUCGAUUUUUCGAAGAAGGUUUUUCAUGCUGUCACCGAAGUCUGCGCGCAUUUUGGAAUUCGCCACCCAGAAGAGCUGUCGAUGUUGAGACCGCCCGCUCGUGAAAGGAAAGAGAAACGUACACCUCGCAAGGGCAGUAAGCGUAGAGGGUCUCAAGGCUCGGAGCAUAGUAAUAAUUCCGAUGAAAUACAAACCGCUGUUAGCACAGACGGGCGACUUGCAGUUCCAGGCAAAGGCGGCAGCCUUGACGGGGGCUCGCAGCAUAGCGCUUCGACUCCGGGCUCACCUAAGAGUCAUGGUUCCUUCGACAGCUACGAAUCAGAAAAUCAUAUUUUGGCUUCAAGUCCAGCCGUUUCUUCUCAAGAGGUGCUGGAGACUAUCUACAAAGCAAAAACUUUGCAAGAAAAAGUUGUUUUUCAUGCCGGGUAUGUGUUUGUAUUUUGUGUUUGUUUUAAUAUUCAAAGUUACUGUAGUUUAUGUUUAUUGUACAUGAAAUAAUUUGUAGUUGAUGACCUAAAUUAUGAUAUAUAACCAAAAGUAUAUUACAAUAAUACCGCGUAGACAUACAGCUGGGAUGUAUUUUAAAUUAUUAAUGUCAUCUUUUACUUUUACAGUAUAAUGUUUUAGGUUUGUAUAUCAGACUUUAUUUCGUGGGAAUUUUAAAAUUUUCAGAAAUUCUAUAAUGUUGCAAAUUAUAUAAUGUUGCAAAUUUACAUUAAAAUAUUGAAUACUUUUGUGACUAGCAGAAUGUAACUUGGUUAAAAGAAAUUUGUUUUUUAAUAUCUGACAGAAUUUCAAUUAGUAGAGCAUAUUAUAUCUUGCAGAGAGAGUACAAAUUGUACAAAUAUAAAAUUAGAAUUUUUAUUUGUACGUGACAUCUUUGUGUCAACAAAAGAUUUGUUGUUUGUUUUGAUGUUAUUGAAUACUUUAUCAACGAAAACAAUUGCAUUUCAAUUGAUGUCAUUGUUGUUGUUAGUAAGUGAUAAAGGAUGAAUAGAUUUCUUUAAUUGCUAAAGGCUUAGGCCUUGCCCAAGGCCAAAAAUUGAGCUUUAUUGUGUUUGUGAAAUGAAGUACAAUGCCUAUUUAAAAUAAGCAGUGGGGUUGCAAAAUGUCAAGUGUCUGAGUAUUCCGAUUCACACCUCCUAACAUGUUUUAUGCAGCUUGCUGGACCUGUGACUGUCUUAAGUAAUAUCUUGCAGCUGUCCAUCUGGUCAAACCAGCUUAAACAUUGAUGACUUUAGUACAGUGCACUUUAUGCUCUUGACCAUUUUAGAACACCAGCAUUGCCCAGCAAAGCAUAUGUACAUUUUAUGAUGUAUGGUGGCAUAUGCACCAUAUAUAUAAAUUAGGCUUGAGAUGAAUGAUUGCGUAAGUUCAAAUCUUUCAUUGCUUUAGAUGGCUUGAUUCUUCAAGAUCACUUAUGGAGCAGGUACAGUAGUUGAAAUAAUCUCAACCGGUCUGUGCAAGUGUAGGUAGUGACAGUUGCGGAUUGAGCGAGAUACAACUACCUGAAAAAUACAAGCAGAACUUCAAUGUUUUGAGCGAAGGCUCUUUGUUUGGGAAGUCGAUUAGGGUUACUAGGGGACCUUUGCUCAAAACGUUGAAUUUCUGCUUGUAUUUUUUUCAAGUAGCUGUAUCUAUCUCAAUCUGCAACUCACAGUAAAUGAAAACUUUAUUUGAUGAGAGUAAACAUACUUCAUGUAUAGUUUAGGGAACUAUGUGUGGUACAACAGCAAUAGUGCAUCUUCUCACACCGCUGGGAGCUGCUGCAGUGUCAGCCGCUAUGCACAGUACAACAGCAAUAGUGCAUCUUUUUAGCUUGACAGUUGACAUUAGGGAUUACAAUAAAAGGAGACAUUGGAGGACAUCACAUGAAAUAGCUUCAUGAGUUAAGGAAUAAGGAUUAUAAUUUUUAAAUAAUUUUUCUGUAUAUUUUAGGAUGUUGAAGAAGAUGAACACUUGAUGUUGAGAUUCAAAUAUUAUUCAUUCUUUGACCUCAAGCCUGCAGUAAGUUGUCUUUCUGAAAGUAUUAUAUUUAAGACCUAACGCAACUGUAGGUUUAAUCUCGAACAGUUAGUGACAGUGUAGGUAGAGACAAUAACAGAAAACAUCCAUGUUUCAAGCGAAGGUUGUUUGUUGGGAACUGAUGAAGAGCCUUCACUUAUCGGAGUUUUGCUUAUAUUCUUCAGGUAGUUGUAUAUCCUUUAAACUGCAGCUUUCAACUAUAUUGGUUGAACAUACAAUUCCAGUGCAAUGCUCUGAUCAAUGAGUAACAGUGUCCAGUUGCCAAGAGUUUGUUUAUUCUGACAUAUUUAUGUCCUAACCAAGAGCAGUUAUGAAAAAUGACAUUGGUGUAGGAUGUAUUUCAUCUGUAGCAUUUCAUUAUUGCAUUAUGUUAAACAAGAUGCAGGAAAUAUAGAAUAAUUUUCUUUGCUAAGGUUGAUGAAGUGAGAAUUAAUCAAAUCUUUGAGCAAGCCAAGUGGUCAGUUCAAGCCGAAGAAGUUGAUUGUACUGAACAAGAAGUUAUGACAUUUGCUGCUUUGCAGGUUGGUGCAUUUAUCUCACAUGGGUUCUGCCUAGAACCAUGUAAGGGUGGGGGCCUAGGGGUGCACCGGAACUCGGUUCUUAAAAAACUGGUUCCGGUGCACCCCUAGGUGGGGCAUUAUUGUUUUCACCACUUUUAUCUUUGAGUCGUGAAAACAAUAAAUAUUGUUUUUAACAUGAGAAGAUAAAAGUCAUAUCUUCAAGCCACAGUGUAAUGUUCUGUUUAUUAUAUACAGAACAUGUAGUCCCAAGCAAAAAAUUGUGAAAUUUCACACCCAAAAGCAAAUUGGAAAAUGUCACAUGAUCGAUAUCUUCACUAGUGAAGAUAUGUAAAAUAUCUCACUGUGUAUUUUUCAGUAUCUCACUCUCUACUAUAUAAUAAACUAUAAAAUGAUGACUUUGUUGUCUUAUAUGUUUGCAUAGUUUCAAGUGAAGAUUGCAUCUUCAGCUCCUCCAGUGGAAGAGGAAAGUAAACCAGAACAGGAUGACGAUAUUGCAAGUGCAUUGAAUGAUUUACAGGUGAGAAUACCAAAGUUAACUUGCUAGAACAUCAGAUUUCGUGCCCCAAAAUUCAAAAGCAAUUUCCUCUCAGAAUGUUGAAAACCAUAUCGAGCUCAGAAAACAGGAAAUUGCCUUUCUGAGACAAAUAUUUGGGAGAGGGUUCCUUUCGUGCUAAAACAAUUACUGACUGGUGUGUAUAUAAUCUGCAGAUACAACGCUGAUAAAACAUCAUUGUAUAGAAUCCAAACAAGUCUUGAGUUAAUCAGAUUGACAUUUUUCACUUUAGUUAACAUUGGAAGGAACAACUACUCCUGCAUCUCAAAAGGUAAUUUUAUUUAUACACAGGUAACAUGUACAAUGUUUUAACAUAUGUUUCUCUUCCAUUUUAUUGAGCAUAACAUUCAAAGUAUAUUUAUAUAAUGUUCUUUUUUGUUCAAUAGACAUUGAACCAGAUGCCUGAGUUGAGUGACUGGCUGACACUUAUAAAGUAAGUUUUAAAAAUUACUGACUGUUUCAAUCCCCUAGGAAACGUUUUUAUAAUAUUUUUCUUUUUGCAUCAGACACAAAAUGCUGGGAAUGAAGGACAAGAAGAAGUUUUGGUGUGUUUUCAGAGGUAGGAGUUAACUUCUAAAAUCUACUAAAACUAAAUGUUGCUGGUCUCCCCAUUUCCCAGUGCUUCCCACCAGUGACAGACACUGUAGCUGAAAUCUUAGUUCUUUAAACUUGUUUGCCUUAAAUUUAAUGCAAUACAUAGCUUAAUUUAUAGCCUACCAGUGCUUUCGUGGUUGAAAAAUUUUCAGCUAUCAUUCAAAUCAAAGGCUUCCAGAAAUUAUUGGGCAGGGGGGUGGACAGUUGCUCCCCUCGCCCCUAGUAUCCGCUACUGUUUCCCAUCAUCCAAAACAUGAGGUAAUAUUGGUGAUUUGCUAAUAUCUGCCAUUCCUUUUACAGACACAUAUUUCUCUUACUACAAAUCCAACGAGGCUGCUUUGGGUGCUCCUAUACAGAGAAUUGACUUGCGAGGUAAAUUUAAAUUCUUAGUAUCAUACGAUUUAAAUUAUUAGUAUCAUAUAUAUGAAGGUUCUAAUAGACAAUCAUAACUUAGAUUUUGAAUAGUAUAGCAUAUAGCUUUACUUUAAAUUGCAUCAAUUGUAAUUGUAUGCUGAAAAGCCCUUUGGGGAACAUACAAAGUUUUGAAUAAUAAUAAUAAUAAUACUGACUUGAAACAACUGAUUUCAGCCGAAGGCAGAUAAAAAAUAGUGUUGUCUUUCUGUUUAUGUAUAGGCAGUGAAGUUUAUCCUGAAGUCAACGUUCAAAAAGAGAAAUUCGUUGUUAAACUAAAGUUCCCAGAAAACGACGAAAUAAGUGACCUGGAAGUUGGAUUGUCCAGUGUAAGCAAAGUUUUAUUGUAUCUCGUCAAUAGCCCGAUUCAGACUGUAGAGGUGGAUAAUCUGUCAAACAAAUAUAAUCGUCUGUUUAACAUUUGAAGUACAAUCCUGGACAAAACAUAUGUGACACUUUAAGCUUUUACUCACUUUUCUAGCAUCAUCGCAAAACCUUCCCCCUCCCACCACCAUUCAAUCUUGAUUGCUGACCCACAACAUAUUCAAAGUGAUGGUGAUAUGUUCAACAUUGUAUUGGGGGGGGGACAUUACAUUAAGAAAUAUCGCAGUUAUUAUAGUGAGCAACGGGCACGAGCAAGAUUUUAAUCGAGUGUCGCAGAUAGUUUUGUCCAGAAUUGUAGCUAGAAUAUCGCAAUCUAUACUGGAUAUGGCCCUGGGGAAGAAAGCAUGCUUCAUGUUUUUUCGAUAAUUCGCCUAUUCUUUUUUUGCAAUGACGUAAUUUUGGGAUUUCAGUUGACAGGCAGGUAUAUAUCUUAGAGACAGUUUAAGACUAAAAAGAUGAAUUACCGUACAGUUUUUCUUGCUACGACCAUUCUGAUAGGAGAAAAAUCGUCCACAAGUUGUUUGAUUGUCCGUCAUUUGGGUGAAAAGUCACGUGAUUGCAAACAAAGAAUUGGCGUAUUUGUACACAGAGAAGAAUCAUGAUUACUACUAGCAAUGGUUGUGGAACAAACCAUCCUUGAUAUUUUCCUAAUAGUUCAUAUAAUGCCGUAAACACAAGACACUAUCGAAUGCAACAGUUCUGAGAAGGAGUCAUUCAAAAUAAUUUCUUGAACGUUCCUCUAGAAUUGAUUCGAGUAUUCUUGAGUAUACGAAUUACAGUACUUCGCAUAUGGUUGAUCGUGAAAAAGAUCAAUCUGUUUUAAAGGUUAAGACCAGACGGAUUAUCGACUUUUAUUGCGUCGUUUAUAGACCGACAAGAUGGAUUAUCAAAGAAACUAGAUUUUCUUUGAUGAACUUCAUCCACUAAUCCAGACAGAUCACCCGUCUCUUGUGUAAAUCUGGCCAACGAAUAUUUCGGUAAAGUUUGGUUGUAGAUUUAAUGUAGUACCACUGACCUCACAUAUUUCUUUAGGAAGGGCAAUACUCCAAGUGGAUGGCAGCCUUCCGUUUGGCCUCCAAAGGUAAAACUAUGGCGGACAGUUCCUAUGAAUCCGAAGUCCAUGGCAUUGAAGCAUUCUUGUCGAUGCAACGGAACAAAGAUAAUUUCAAGAACACAACAGCACCAGGAGGAGUAAGUAGACGUUUACAUUGCUACGCAUGCCUGCGUGAUAUACCGUUUCAUCUUUGUCAGUGCCAGUUGCAUCGCUGCCAGGAAAUUUUUAACAAGCUAUCUUUGCAGGAAAUUUUUGUCAUCUUAUAUUAAAGGAAUACCGAAUGGUUUUCCGUACAGGAUUGCGUGAUCCGUGCACGAGGGAUGUCGCGAGACUUUUGGAAAGCGUAAAAAAAAAGCAUGGAUCACGCUAUCCUGCUUGGGAAAACCAUUUGGUAAUUGUUUUAUAAAAUAACUACAGUGAAACAAUGACAUUUUGAGAAUCCCGCGAAGGCAUUUUAAUCGUGCAGGAUAGUCUGAUCCUGCACGGCUAUUGACCAAUCAAAUUGCGUGUUUCACUGUAGUUAUUAUAUAUACUGGAAUGCUGUAUAAUUUACUAACAGCAUUUUGCAAGUCGAGUUUGCACCAUGCUCCGAUGACCUUCAGUUGAGUGUUGGCUCGGAAAUAAGUCUGAAUGACACAAAUGAAUAAACGGUAAAUGUUGUAAAGAUAUUAAAUAAUUUGUUUCUUUCAUACUUAUUUCCAAGCCAAAAUUAACUUGCUUGCCAGAACAGCAGUAUUAAAAAGCUACAGUUUGGUCGGACACCAAUACACUCGGGUCGGACAAACAAUAAACCUCAGUUUCACUUAGAUCGAACAGAAUGUCCGGUGAUUCCCUCUCUACGUCGGACAAUUUUACGAAUGGGUCGGACAAUGUCCGUGACCGACCGAUAUUUUAAGGCCUGCAUACAGUCUCACAAAUCUACACAUACAGGAAGUUUUACAUUUGACUUGCACAUGCAUGCACGGAACUUUUUGGAUUUUGCUGCCAGGAAGGGAAAUAUAUUUUCUAGGUCUGAGUGGUGUUCAAAUAAUUCACAAUUUAUAAAUAUGUGAAAAACUAAUAAUGUGAAGCUAGUUUUUCAUUUCUCAAUAAAUCUUUCUACUUGUAGGUUCAAAUCCAACCUGAAGAUUUUGUUCCCGGUCGAGUAAUGAAGAAAUACAAAACAAAACAGGUAGGUUUACUGGUUUAAUUGGUAUACAGUAGGUGGACACUACGGAUUGGUGAAAGAGCGCCGUACAUGCAAGGGCGGAUUGCCGGAUUUUCAUUUAUUUAAAAGGAGGGGUAGAGAAAUUUCUGGUGGGGUGCAAGCGGCACCACCCAGUGAGCUUCGGCAGGGGUUAGACGUUUGGGUUAAAGCCUUUCACACAAAAUAGGAAGGGUGAAGCGAAAUUUUGGUGGGGUUGAACACUUUAUUAGAGGGGUUAGAGAGAGUCAAGGGGGGGGGUUAACCCCCCUAACCCCCUCCCCCCAGUAAAUCCGCCCAUGCUAGUGCUGUGCAAACUCUGGUUUUUCAUCUCCGGCUCCGGCUCCGGCCGAAUUACAGCUCUGAGCUCCGGCCACAUCAUAAAAUAUUAAAUAAAUGUUUUACGAUCAGAGAACAUUUAUUAAUAUUAUUAUGAAUAACCCUUUUCGCGCUUCCUAAUUAUCAGAUAACAUAACUCAGGAAACAAAACAGUGAAAACACUUAACCACGCAGAAAAUAUCUAUGUGGAAACCAGCCUCGAAAAAUCUUUGACACGAGGCAUGACGCGAGGCAUGACGCUAACACUCUCAGACUCCACAGCGCAAUUGUUCGCACGCAAACAAAGUACUCUGUCAUUUUCAAAAGGUUGAUAUUUAUUUGUUUUGUACUUUUUCGUUAUCUACAAGGCAUGAAUACACAGACUACAGUAUGUAGGGCUAAGUCAGAUGGCUUCAUGAAAUCAUGACGUUUGUAAGUUGCGAUCGUAUUACAGCUUUUCGACGCUGUUCCUGUGGGCUGUGGCAGUUUAAGUCUAUGAUGAAUUCAUUAACAGCAAUUGGCAGUUUGCAGUAACUAACAAUCGUUUGACAUUUGUCUCAUUUCAUAUUAUUUUCUUGUCAUUUUGCCGGAGCUGGGAAAACGUAACUCCGGCUCCGGGCUCCGGCAUACAAAAUUCGGCUCCGGCGUUGGAAAAACCGCCGGAGCUCCGGCAGAACUCCGGCAACUCCGGCGCACAGCACUAGCCCAUGCGAAAGUGAAAAAGGUACCUACAUAUGAAAGUUCUACUUUUAUUCACCAGGUUGCUGCGAGGAUUUUGGAAGCUCACUCUUCACUCAAUCUCAUGACGGUAAUGGAAGCGAAGAUGAACUACAUAAGAAAGUGGCAAGAGCUGCCUGACUUUGGAAUUACACAUUAUGGCGUCCGAUUCCGAGGAGAGAAAAUCUCGAAGAAAGAUGUAAGUCAUAUAGCGAUGAAAGAUAGAGACAAAGUUUUGGGAAGUAAAGUCUAUAAACAACGUGGAAUAGAUAGUUCUAAAGUAAUACCUUCAUUAGAGGAGGCGACGUUUGUGGGGUGUUCGUAGCAAUCUUCAGUGCGUUUCCCAUUCACCUUAAUGAACGAAGCUCUCGAAUGUUGUAGUAUAUGCGGUUGUCUGAUGGUUGUCUGAUGGAUGCUUCCACUUGACCUCUAGGGAGAACCGUUUUGAUAGAACUAAUAUAGAGCUAUCCAGUUGAAAUGAAGUUAUUUAGGGUUACUCCUAUAGUACACUGUACCAGAAGGCAAUAAAUAGCCAUUGCGAAUGUGCGAUCCUUGAGAGAACAAUUCAGAACUGAUCGAAUUAUCCAGUAUUAAUAAGCUAGGUUAGCUUAGGUUUCCUCCUGGGGUCAGAUAGCGUUAUCUACCACAGAUAGUGAUUUUUUCAACCGUUAUAAAAAUGCUUAAAUAGCUAUUAAAGUGCGGAUAUGGACUAAAUAAUUAAUAAAGUGACUUCAAAUUAUACAUAUAUUAAAGUUUAAUCUAGGUUAUAUCAAUCAACGGAGAAUUUCAGAAAGCUGGAAAAAUCACUAUCCAGUGGAUAGAUCAAUAAAAUAGUAGAUCAGUAAAAUAAUAGAUCAAUAAGGGUGGCUCUUUACUGAGCCUCAGGGAGAAAAGUAAAUAAGGUUAGUUAAGUUUGUAUCUGUAAUAACAGUGGACAAAUAAGCAAUGUCCCUCUCUCGAGUUUUUGGGAGAACUACAGUAACAGAGCUAUUUACACAAUUUUUCAUCUUCAAUAUUUUAGGAGAUCUUGGGUAUUGUGGACAAUAAGAUCACAAAGAUCGAUGCUGCAAGCGGCAAAAUAUUAAACAGCUGGAGAUACAGUGUUAUGAGAUCUUGGAAUGUCAACUGGGAGACCAAAGAAAUGGUCAUCGACUGUGAAGGCGAGAGGAUCAGGUUCAUAUGCACCAGCUCUGAUAUCAAAAGUAUUCACGAAUUUAUCGGUGGAUAUAUAUUCUUGUCCAUGCGUAAGGAUGUUAACCAGCCCGUAGAUCAUGAGUUGUUCUUUAAGCUCACUGGUGGCUCUGUUCAAUGAGAGACGAUACUGUGACAGUCAGAUUUUUAAGACUGGUUAGUAUAGGUUAUAGCGUUAACUUUCUCAUAAAUGGUGGUUAAUGUCAUAAUGUGCAUCAUGUCAUGAAAACAUUAGUUUCUGUUUGGGUAAAUCGGUGGUUUUCACUAAACGUUACAUUGAACAUUUCAAAUGGAUAUUUCGGAUGCAUUUUGUACCGCGGAUUUUCGUGUAUAUGUUAAAUUAAAAACGAUUGUUUUGCAUACCAAUAAAAGCUGGAACAUUCUUGCGAACAUAUUUGAAAAUUGCGAUAUUUACUCAAAUGUUUCCCCCACCUUUGGAGACAUUAUUUGCGAAAGCAAAAUUUGCUUCCCAAGGAGCAAAAAUCCGUCGAGCGAAUUCAGAAACAUGUCCUGUUUCCCAAGUGUGAAUUUUGUUAGGGAAAUAGUAUUUCAAGGUUUGCCCACCUUUGGGAAACAUAGCUGGGAAACAAUAUUUUUGUAACAAUACAUUGCAGAAUGCUACACUGUCUUUUGCAACGUUUUUUAGUUCAACGUUUUUAGACCACCAUUUUUGAGAAAGAAGCAUGUAGGAAAAGUAGCAAAUUAGAAUUGUUUAUUUUUAAUUAGGAUUGUAUUGUGUUGUCGUGUAUAUAUUAUAUGAACCGCGAUACCUCAUGAAGGUUCAGCGCGAAAUUUAUCCUCCAAUGACAAAAGAUCUGUUCAAAUACGUUAGGUCUUCAAAACUAUAUUAUUUCAAAUUAUGGUGCAUAAAAUUAAGUCUAAGAAUGCUUCUCUAAAUUACACUUGUAACCGUUUCAUGUUACUUUGGUAUAGCCUGCUUAUAUGAUAAUAAAAUUGGAGAAACUCUAUCAGUUUUUAAUUGUC